UGACGUUUGAAAAUUAAAUGAAUUAUUUUAUUGUGUCGACAAAAUGGAAGCUACGAGAAAAUUGAAAAAUUAUGAAACCAAGUCGCACUAAAUACAGGUUUAUUUUUUCUGUUAAUUGGUAAAAUUGAACGCUAGAAAUUUCGAUUACUUUAGGUAAUUUUCUAAUUUUUAAUUGAAAGCAAUUAAAAAGUAAUGCACAUGUUUUUCCAACAAGCGCGGACAAAAGAAAGAAAAUUUCAAUUUACAACGCAAUAAUGUAUAAUAUGUAACAAUUCAACAACUUUAAGUGUAACUACAAAUGAAUUGAAAAUCACUUCAUUUCUUCUCAUAAGCUCCGCCCCUUCCUGCCACGAUGCCAAGUUAAAGCGCGAUCAUAUGACACUAUUUCUGUUGACAAUAUGGAAUACUGUAUUUUCAUUGGCUAAGACUGAAGUACGGUCAUAAAUCAACUAGCUAUGAGUUGCUGACACCAUUAUUAGAAUUUUGUGAUUAUCGCACAUAAAAUGAGAAUAAAUUACGAUUAAUUUGGAAUUACUAGAAGAGAAUUGCCGCAAUUUCGCCACUAAAACGAUGCGCAUUGUGUAUUGCUGAGUGUUUCUAUCAAGUGAUUUCUGAGAGGCUGUUGACUUCUGUGGAGAAAAAUAUUUGAGAAGAAAAAGAUAUUUCAAGUUUACAAAAUUCUGAAAUUUAGACGAUUGAAUGAUGGAGCUCGGCAGAUUAAAGGAAACUACAGCUACCUCGCGACCAUCUUCAUUCUUUAUUGAGGACAUUUUGUUGAGCAAACCUAAACAGCUAUGUCGAGAAUACUCUAACCUCAACAAUCUGUCCGCCAUUAUGAGACCAUCACUUCCGGCGGAGUACGCAGCUGCGGCAUAUCACUGUUUUCCCGCUUCACCAGUAUUCUUCCCCCAUGUUUUACAGCAUGUGCAGGGACUUGCAGCAAAGCAUGCCGAGCACCACUUCAUAUCACCGUCAGCAGCUGGAUUUCCUCUGGGUCCCCUCUUUCAACACGAUAGUCCAGGAAAGCACUGCAGGCGGCGGAAGGCUCGAACUGUAUUCAGUGACCAACAACUAAACGGCUUAGAGAAGAGGUUCGAAUCUCAGCGUUAUUUAUCAACCCCUGAACGUGUAGAGCUAGCUUCACAACUCAGCCUGUCGGAAACUCAGGUGAAAACAUGGUUCCAAAAUAGAAGAAUGAAACACAAAAAGUUACAAAAGAAAGGACAUAAUGAUUCUGAUGAUGUCACGGAACUUAACGACGAUGACAGUGAUUGUGGAAAUUAUGACGAACAUUCCACGUCUCUUGAUGAAGAGCGGACGUCAUGUUCAUCGUCCGGAAAAUUUACCAGAUAUGACGUAGAAAGUCUCGUGAAAGGUCAAAGUUCAUUUACAUCCGGGUGUUCAAAUUAUCACGCGAAUACAGAUGACGAAGACAAUGAAGAAAUUGACGUUGUUGAAUCUGAUCGCGAAAACUCAUGACAAAACAACAAAAA